GUAAUCAUGGUAAGCUGUUUGGUGCUGUAUUUGUAGCUGUAGAUCAUAAAAAUCUGAAUUCCCAUUUCUCAAAUCUUGCUGGAACCGGAAAUCCAAUCAUUUUGCGGCGACUCUUAGCCUCAAGUAGCCGGAGAAUCAGUCACCGUAGACUUCCCAGUCCCAAAAAAUAAAUUAAAAAUCACCGAGCUUCUUUUUCUUUUUUUCUUUAACAAAAAAUUAGGAAAAAAAAGGCAGAGCUUGCUUCGGAUCGGAAAGAAACGAAACGAAACGAAAAGGAUGAGAAGCGUAAAUAAUAACAGCGUGGAGACCAUAAACGCCGCAGCCACUGCUAUCGUCUCCGCAGAGACUCGCGUCCAGCCCACCGCCGUUCCGAAAAGAAGAUGGGGAAGUUGCUGGAGCAUUUACUGGUGCUUUGGAUCUCAUAAAAACAGCAAGCGGAUUAGCCAUGCUGUCCUUGUUCCUGAGCCAGUGGUACCAGGAGCUGCAGCCCCUGCUAAUGAAAACCCAAACCCCUCAACAGCUAUUUUACUACCCUUCAUUGCCCCUCCCUCUUCUCCUGCAUCCUUCCUGCAAUCGGAUCCUCCCUCUGCUACCCAAUCACCAGCUGGAUUACUGUCCCUCACUUCUCUUUCUGUCAAUGCCUAUUCACCGGGUGGAACUGCAGCAAUUUUUACUGUAGGUCCUUAUGCAUAUGAGACACAGUUAGUCUCUCCCCCUGUAUUUUCUACCUUCACCACCGAACCAUCUACUGCUCCUUUCACUCCCCCUCCUGAAUCCGUGCAACUGACAACACCUUCAUCCCCUGAAGUGCCAUUUGCUCAACUGCUAACAUCUUCACUUGACCGCGCUCGUAGAAACAAUGGGACCAGUCUGAAGUUUGCAUUAUCCCAUUAUGAAUUCCAGCCUUAUCAACAGUACCCAGGAAGCCCUGGUGGUCACCUCAUAUCACCUGGUUCGGCAAUCUCAAAUUCUGGAACAUCAACUCCUUUCCCUGAUAGACGCCCUAUCCUAGAGUUCCGCAUGGGGGAGGCUCCAAAACUCUUGGGCUUUGAACAUUUUUCAACUCGUAAAUGGGGUUCAAGGCUUGGUUCUGGAUCUUUGACCCCAGAUGGUGUGGGGGUAGGUUCAAGGCUAGGUUCUGGAUCUUUGACCCCAGAUGGUGUGGGGCUGGGCUCAAGGUUGGAUUCUGGAUCUUUGACACCUGAUGCUAUGGGCCCUGCCUCUCGAGACAGUUUCCUUCUGGAGAACCAGAUUUGUGAAAUGGCAUCCCUCGUCAACUCAGGAAAUGGAUGUCAAAAUAAUGGAACUAUAGUUAAUCACAGAGUAUCAUUUGAGUUGACUGGGGAAGAUGUUGCGCGCUGUCUUGCAAAUAAAUCCAUGACAUCUAUUAGAAACGUAUCAGAAGCUUCACAGGAUACAGUGGCAGAAGCCCCAAGUGAUAGAGAAAGGAUAAUAGCGGAUUCCAGGAAUUGUUGCGUGUUGUCUACUGGGGAAACAUCCAAUGAACUGCCUGAAAAAGCUUCUGAGGAAGGUGAGGAGCAGAGUUAUCGGAAGCAUCGUUCCAUUUCUCUUGGGUCAAUCAAAGAGUUCAAUUUUGACAACACAAAAGGAGAAGCGUCUGAUAAGCCCCCCAUUGACUCCGAGUGGUGGGCAAAUGAAAAUGUAACGGGGAAGGAAGCAAGGCCUGGCAGCAACUGGGCUUUCUUCCCAAUGCUGCAACCAGGGGUCAGCUGAUAUUAAGACUGUCCAACCUGGCUUAUCCUUCGCAACUUUGUGAAGAUUUCUGAUGCUAAAAUCACUAAUUCAUCAGAUGUAAAUCUGAUGGUAAUAGUUAGUGGAAGACAUAGCUUGGCAGUCCAGCGAAAAAGGCCAGAGGUGAGACUACUGUUUUGUAAAUCCUUUAUGACCCUGAAGACGAUGCAGAGAGGAAAUAGUUUGUUGGGAUAUUGUGUGGGUACUGAGAGAUCAUUCUUUUUAGUAUUUCAUUACCUGAUGUAUACAAGAAACAUCAUUCACGUAUAGGUAUUAUGUUGUGGAUUAUUACUUGUCAUAUGUAAUAAUAAGAAAGAUAAUUUGUCCAUACUAAGGAGCAGCUGUGACUUAUCUGA